AUGAACAAUAAUGCAACAGCAUUAGAUGUUUCUGGUCUUGUUAUACGACCAACAAAUCAGGAGAAAUUUCGUGCCACCGUUGGACGACGAAUAUUAGAAGAAGUACUAGCUGAAAGUUUAGGAGGACAUACUUUUGAACCUAACAACGCCGAGCAACUCAGCAAUUCACUAUCAACACUAAUUCGAAAUCGUUUGAAAGGACUUAAUUUGCCGAAAUAUAAGUAUAUAAUUCAAGUGAUUUUGGGUGAGGAACGGGGACAAAGAGUUAGGGCGCAUGCAGCAUGCAGAUGGGACAGCGAUACCGACUCCAUGGCACAUUACGUCUAUUCAAACGUCAGUUGCUUUGUAGGAGUAACUCGAGGAUUAAUUCCUUCCUCUUCUUUAUAUUACAUGCCAGCAAAAUGA